UUCGCGGCACCUGGAAUAACAAAGCUUUUAUUUACGACCGGCAACGAUACGAAACUCAUUUACCACCGGCAAUGGUGGAUUGUGUGUGCACUCUGGAUUUCAUCAGGCAGAAAACAUUUGAUAACAGGCUGUUAUUGAAGAAAGGAAACCAAGGCUGUGUCGGCUGGAGACGAGCCGAAAAUGGUAAACGUGCGGGAUAGUCCGUGGGCACGCGUCCGUGUAUCACAAGCGCAGCUUGCAACGGAGCAUUCGAGUGGUACAUUGCAAAAGCAGCAAGCCACUGGCAAAGCUAUCGAGCUAUCUGCGCUAAAAAACUCUGACUUCGAUUUGCUAGAACGCAUGAGAAAGAAACUAUUACACGAACAUAAACUAGACAUGGAUGAAACAAAAGAAGAGUAUCAAUCAGAUCGAAAUCAGCCAAUUCCAUCGAAUUCGAAUAACUCACUCCAUCAGAAACACCACUGCCGCUGUGUGCCUCCAGCAGCGCUCCCAAGCGGGAGCGUCGGUUCUGGGGGUGGGAGCUGCAGCACUCGAGUAGAACGGAUCAGAACGUCGGCCAUUGAUAUACGGGAAAGUGUUCACGAAAAGAAGCGCGAGCUGGCCCUGCGCGGAACGGCUGCCCAUCAUUCUGCGCUUCAAAAUGUUACCACAGGUUCAACACACAACAAGCGAAAGAAUGUAUUAGACGAACCAAAAUUAACGAUGGACGAAAAACAAGUAGAGAAGGAUCAAACAGGACACGGUCGGGCAUUUAAGUCAGGUGUGCGUCCGAUGCUUCAGCAGCAGCAGCAGCAGCACUGCGGAAAUCUACCAACAAUAUGCCCGUGUAACGGUGGUGCUAUUUCGGGCAGCAGCCGGGGAGCACGGAUCAGAACGUCGGCCAUUGAUGUACGGGAAAGUUUCCGCGAAAAACUGCGAGAAAGGGAACUAAUGCGAAUGCGUGAGAGAGACCGCGAACAUCUGAGGCCGACGAUGACGAACCAGCAACAACAGCGGCGUAGCUGUUUGCUUCCAACAGUGUAUCCAAGCGUUAACGCCGAUGCUGGUGGCGGUAGUAGCCGGGGAGCACGGAUCAGAACGUCAGCCAUUGAUGUACGGGAAAGCUUCCGCGCAAAAUUGCGAGAAAGGGAACUAAUGCGGUUACGCGAGAAGGAGCGCGAUAUUCAGAUGUUCAGUGCGGUAUCUCUGCUAAGCCCGCGCCUACGCCCGACCAUGUUGUCAUUGCCAUGCCGAAGCUCGGUAGUAACCAAUCGAGAAACUCUUUCAUCGAUAGCUCGACAUCGUGAAAUCGUUCCGAUGCGACAUGAGCAAUCUUCUUCCCAAGUGCCACAUGGACGCCACCGUCAUCGCCAGCAGCAACAGCAGAGUACCGGAAACGCGAUCCGGUCGAGAGUGCUGGAGCAACGUAACUAUGUUCGUAGGCCGUAUAUGAAUUGAGAAAGCGAUAGGCAGGCUGUGUUAGGUCGAGCAUUCAAAAACGGAGGAGGAGGAUGUCCCAACGGGAUGAUCUUAUAAACAAGCAUGCUGUGAAUUGUACCUAAAUGUCUAGUAUUGGAGAUGGUGGUCGCUAGCUGAUGUGAGCGAUUCUCAGUCAAACUUCCGCCCAGCAUCGGCACCAUCGGAUACCGUCCACCUGAGCAGAAUCCGUAGGAACUGGAAUAAAUGAAGGAGCGACGAAAUUUGUCAUAGUAACACGGAGGCGGAGACGGCGCCAAAUCGGUGGCAAAUCAGGGGCUCGAUCUGAACCACAUCAAAUCAACGAGAUCAGCGACGGCCUGGCUAGAGUACAAAAACAAGAAGAGGAUGCUGAGAUAUUGGAGGACGUUAGGUUGCCGGUGGACAUAAUUCGGCAUAAUUCGGAUAAUCGGGGGACGAGCUUCUCUCUAAGUUUCCAGGCUGGUGGAAUCAAAGCAUCAGCUGAUGCUGAAAGACGAGUUAAAGAAGGAUAGGAAGGACCAGUUCCAGCCCAGAUUGGUGUAACUUACAUCCUAUCGAAUGGUGAC